AUGAAAAACCAUUGUAGAGGAAGUCGAGAGUUCUUCUUUAUUAUUUCCGAUGAUAAUCUUAUUAGUUUCAUUCUAAACAAGCUCAAUUUACAAAGUACAUACUAUUCUCCAGACCAUCCACCUGAUAUAAAUGAAGAUUCAUGUUCUGAUAUUGUUGCAAUAUUAGUCUUCAACAAUGAACAUAUUUGGAGUGUUAAGAAAUAUGAGAACGCUUGGUACAGUCUAGAUUCGUUGUCAGAAGAACCACAGACGAUUCCAUUUCGACGAAUAUUUGCACGACAAGGUUUUGGAUGGAUCAUCAUACGAAACCAUUCUGGACUUCGUGUCAAUGAUGAAGCGGAAGAACAUACAAUCGUAAAUAUGAAAAACAAAAAGACGAGUAGGAGCAUCGCUGAUCAAUCGCCGAAAUUGAAAAGAAGACGUCGUCGUGUAGAGGAAGAUAUUGUUACUGACGAAUCUUCUUCAGAUAUCGAAGUAAAUGACUUCAAUCGAUUUGAAAUUUUGAGGACUUCUAACGACUAA